UCACACACACACACACACACACGCGCUCUCUCUCACUACACUUUCAUACAGCCUCCGUUUGUAGAUGACUGGUUGAAUUUCGCUUUAACCAUUUGUGGAGAACUUCAAUAUUCUUUUUUUUUUAAUCUGUUUGUAAUGCUUGGAUUUUCUCAUUCUAUUUUUCAAUAAGUUAUGGAGAAAUUAGGACUGUUAAAUAAUCAUCAACUUAAUUUGUGGCAUCUUUACAAUGCUCUGCUCCUGAUUUUUCCUUCUAUUAUUGGUUUUAAUCUCGACACUGAACAUCCCAGAAUUUUUAAAGCUCUGAAUGAAACUUCAGCAUUUGGUUACCGUGUUUGUCACUUUGGAUCUGGCAGUGUGUUAGUUACAGAUCCUCACUAUAAUAAUGGUGCAGGUAGUGUGUAUAGGUGUGUGUAUCAGGAUGGCCAGUGUGUUCAGCUCCCUAUUGAAGUCCAAUCAAAUGGAGCAUUUGGACUGUCCCUUGCUUGCACUGAACAUCGUGCCUUGGUGUGUAGUCCUCAUGUGCAGCAGGAGUGUGAAGGGUUUAAUUAUUUGCAUGGUGAGUGUGUGGAGCUAAAUGUUUCUCUCACACGCUCUCACACCUACAAACCUGUUUUCCCAGAAUGUCAUGUGAUUCCUCCACUCGAUGCAGUGAUUCUGUUUGAUGACUCUCAGAGUAUUACAACUGAAGAUUUCGACAAAAUGAUAAAUUUCAUCAAAGAUGUAAUCAGAUCAUUCACCAACCCACGAGCACAGGUGGCUGUAGCAAAGUUCUCCUCUCGAGCCUCUGCAGUAUUUCAGUUUGAGAAUUUUGCUGCAGAUCGAAAUGCAGAUCAUCUGAUGUCAGGAAUCACGCACAGUAAAGGAAACACACACACACCUUCAGCCAUACGUUUUGUACUAGAGGAAAUGUUCCAGGAGAAAGUUGGAAUGAGAAACAACUCUCAGAAGCUGCUGGUUGUGGUCACAGAUGGAAAAUCCAAUGAUCAAAAUGACAAUUUCAGCUCUGUGAUCGCUCUGGCCAAUGAGAGAGGAGUGACCCGAUUCGCCAUUGGGGUGGGUAAGGAGUAUUCUCGAGAGGAAUUGGAACAGAUUGCUACGAAACCUCGUUAUGUGUUCGAGACUCCAAGUUUCAGUUCUCUUUCCUCUAUUGUCUCACAGCUCACUGAGAGGAUCUUCAGCAUUGAAGGUACAAACUUGGGGAACUCAAGUUCUAUCCAGCUUGAACUCUCUCAGGGAGGAUUCAGUGUUGCACUUUCUGAGGAGGUGAGUGUGUUUGGUGCAGUGGGAGCAUUCUCCUGGUCAGGUGGUUUGGAAGAGAAAAUUCCAGAACUGAAUGCUUCAUUCAUCAAUGCAUCAACUGUGGAAGACAUGGACAACUCCUACCUGGGCUACUCAGUUGCCAUGGCAACAGUUUUGGGGGGUCGUGUUUACUUUGCUGGUGCUCCAAGAUACAAACACACAGGGGCCGUGUUUGGAUUCACACAGGACGUGCACACACAACAAUGGAAUGUCACAUACACUGCCCAUGGGAUUCAGCUGGGGUCAUAUUUUGGGGCCGAGCUAUGUGUGUUGUAUGGUGAUGGCAGAGUGUUGUUAGCAGUUGGAGCUCCAAUGUUUUACACUGCUGGAGUUGGAGGAGAAGUCCAAAUCUGCUCUGUGGAGACAGGAACACUAAACUGUUCGGGGGUGUUGAGGGGGUCAGUGGGGAAUGUGGACGGCCGAUUUGGCUCUGCUGUUGCAGUUCUACAAGACUUGAAUGAAGACAAUAUGAUGGAGCUGGCAGUGGGAGCACCACAUGAAGAGCAGGGCAAGGGGGCCAUUUACAUCUUCACUAGUUACAGAGGGGGCUUCAGAUCCAAACACACACAGAGGGUGGGUGGUGCAGCAGUAGGGUAUGUUCUGCAGUAUUUUGGUUUGUCUCUUCACUCUGUGGGAGAUUUAAGCUCAGAUGGACUUCCUGAUCUCGUGGUUGGGUCUAGAGGAGCUGCUACAGUGCUCAGGACACAGCCAGUUAUAUGUAUACCUGCAUCAAUUACACUGGAUCCACCAGUAAUAGCCCAGAACUUCUUUCACUGCUCCGCCCCUCACAGCCUCAACACGGUGAUCGCCCAGAUAACCAUGUGUCUUAAGCUAAGAAAGGUUUCCAUAGGAACCAUACAAGGUCUUCUCCAUGCCACAGUAUCUGUCUUUCUGGAGUUAGAUUCUGGAUCCACUUCUCCUCGUCUUUUCUUCUACCCAAUGUCCCGUAUUUCACACUGGAAUACAACUCUUAGUAACACAUCAGUGUGUCAAACAUUUCCCAUCACCAUCCCGAGGUGUAUAUCAGACUACCACGAUGUUCCUCUCUCAGGGAGACUCACAGUUAGAGGACAGGUGGUGGGACUCACACAAGGCCUGAGACCCGUCCUGCACCCUGACUGUCCAAACACACACACCAUCACACACAUGGUGUUACUGGAAAAGGUGUGUGGUGAAGAUCAUGUGUGCGUGUCGGACCUCAGUGUGUCUCUCCAAGUCAGCAGGGACAUGGUGGUUAAUGUAGAGGGUUUCAGAGUGAAUGUGUCUGUGCUGCUGGUUAAUAAUGGAGAAGAUGCCUCAGGGACAGAGCUGUGCUUCCUUCAUCCCUCUGUCCUGUCAUUCACUCGCAUCAGUCUGAUAGAUUCCAUUGGCUACUUGCAGUGUUCAUCCCAUGAAACAGGUGUGAUGAACCUCACAAACACAACAUGCAGACUCGGAUUCACCAUCUUCAGACAGAGAACCAAGGUUGCAUUCAUCAUAUGGUUCCAGCUGUCUGAACCAUCAGCUCUUGGGGAUCAAGUUGACGUGAAUGUGACAGUUAACAGUAAGAAUGAGAAUCCAGGAACUCUGCAUGACAACAGUGCGAGUGUGUCAAUGCCUGUUAAACAACUCGUCCACUUCCUGCUGAGAGACGGUGGCUCUGCACGAUAUAUCCGUUACAAUAACUCUGCUUUACUCCAGCAUAUAUAUGAGUUGAUCAAUGGAGGUGAUCUCUCCACUCCAGUCAGUGUGAUGUUUGUGUUGCCAUUGGAGACAACCUCUGGUUUAUUAUGGGAUGUUUCUUCUCCUGAAAUUAAUAUCAUUGGAGCAAAGUGUGAAAAGCCAGUGUUGCUGAAAAAAGACAACACAUCAUACUACAGUCAGAAAUGUCAAGGCUCCAGCUGUCACCUGAUACGCUGCUCUGUUGGGCUGUUAACCAAAGACCAGCCAAUCAUAUUUAGCUUUACAGGAAAAAUUAACACACAGAUGAAGGUGGACAGUGUUCAGGUGGAGAGUUGGGGUUUGGUCUCAUUUGAUCAGAAUCAGUACACACAGUACCUUAAUGAGGAAGAUUUACUGCGCUCAAUUGUAACAGUGGUAGAAUCUCCUUCUGAGGUUCACACCGCACUGAUUGCUUCUCUGUCCGUGUUCUUUGGUGUUGUAGUGAUGAUUUUCUUAUUCGUAGUGCUGUAUAAGGUUGGGUUCUUUAAACCGGAAUCUUUUGAAAAUGCUACUCAGGAGGCUGGUGGACCAACAGAGACCUUUAGAGAGGACAAUGACUCCAACACACCAGCUGAUGGACAAACAGUAGCCAGCAACACACACACAAAGUCCCAACAAAUCCAAUAACAGUAAUGCUGCCCAUGUUGUUGAGGAAACAUCAGUUCUGUAGCGUGAAGGAGUGUGUAUGGUUAGGGUUAGAUUAUGUUUCUGCAGAGCUGAUCUUACCAGCUCCAACACUUACCAAAAUAGGUGAAACAAUGAUGGGGUCACAUUAUUUAAACCAAGGAAAAGUAAAGAAAAUCCAACAUGUAGGAGGAAAGAAAUUAAAAUUAAUUUAGCAGAUGUGCCACUUUACAUGUAUUUAUGUGUAUAUAAUAUAUGAAUGUUCUUUUAGUAAAUAUGAAUUUCAGUUACAAUAUAUGAAGGUAAAAAGCAGCCUAAUAAACUUGUGCAUCCCUCUUUGUGUGUGUGUGUGUGUGUGAGAGAGAGAGCAAGAGACUAUUCCAUAUGAAAUAUUAAAAUCUGAUUUUACGAUGAAA